AUGGAAAACAACAAGACAUUAGUUGACGAGUUCCAUGAGCUCGAAAAGGCCUGUUUGGGUUAUGAGAAUUUCAUAAACUGUAAUGAUGAAUCCUACAUUGAUACUCUUGAAAAGCUGAGACAGUUAGUGGUUAGAAUUCAAAGAGAGCAUCUAUUUUCAGAUAAUGAGGGGAUCAAGGAGAUUGAGACUGAUAAUUUAAGACUACUUUUGACGCCUUAUUAUGAAGCUGAUGUAUUAAAUAGGAUUAUGGAUAACAGGAUAGGAAGAGUUUAGCUAUCAUAAACCUUUUAUCUUGAAUAUCUUAAACUCAUGAAUCAUUAUGGGAUGCUAGAAAAGGAAUAGAAAGACUAAUGGAAGCUCAUGAUGAAGCAAUCAGAAGGAGAAGAAUAGCCAGGUACUGAUUUAGCAACUAGAAAUGCUCCUUAGAUGUAUGGACCUGCAAACUUUGAUCAUUUCGCAAACAGGAAUGCCAAAAUAGCAGCUAUGAAGAGAAAGAAGGAUUUGGAAGCUUAACUUGAUUUGCUUAAAAACUACAGAGAUGAAGACAUGAAAAGAGAAUUCUAUAUGAACUCCCUCAAGUACUCCAUCGUCAAGUCAUUAGAUCAACUUAGCCUUAUAAACUAAGAAGUUAAACUAUUAGAAUAUCAAUAGACGCUUCCAAGGGAUUCGGUGACAGGAUAGCCUUUACCAGCUGAUAAGACAGGCUUCGUAUAUAAACCAAUGAAAGUAGUGCACAUUCCAGAAGAUAGUCCAUACCUACUAAGUCAGAGAGCAGAUGGCUCAAUUAGCGCAGAUCAAUCUAACCCAGAUUAAUUCUAGAAGAUUUAUGUGUAGAAGGAUAUAGUCGAGCAAUAAAUGAAUCUAAGAGGAUAGUAUUAGAACUAAGUAUUCAAGCCAGGUCAUAUUCUUCCAACAAUGUCAAUUGAGGAACUUGCUGAUAUGGAGGUAGCUGAUGCCUUAGAGAGGUAAAGAAGAGAUGAGAUGAAUCAAGAAAUCAAGGAUAACGAAGAUCCAGACAGCGAAGCAGUCCUUGAAAGAGAACGUUUGAAGGUCUCAUCAAUGGAUAACUGGAAAGACUACAAUCCUAAGGGAUCAGGAGUCACUGGUAGAAUGCCAUCAGAUGCCUAUGUGAAGAAGGAACAGGAACUUAAGAAGAAACUACUAACAGAAGAAUUCUAGCAGGCUGAUCUGAAUAAAGAUUAAAGUUUAACAGAGAAAGAGCUCUUGUAGUUCCUUGAUCUUAAGGCAGGAGGAAAGCCUUUUGAUAGGAACAUCGCUAAGAUACUUUUUCAAAAGAUGGAUAAAAAUAGAGAUGGAUCAGUGAGUUUAGAUGAGUUUAUCAACUGCUACAUUGAUGGCGAAAUCAAAUUGAAGGAUCGAUUGAAUGAAAUAAUCAAGCAGUUAGCUGAGAGAAGAAGGUAAAUCGAUGAAUUCUAAGCUAGAUAUGACGAAUCAAAGGUAAAUAUAUCGUGUAUUAAUUUAUUUCUAAAGCAAACAGAGAAGCUGAAUAGAUAUGGCAUCAUGGAGAAUAGUGUUCUCACAGUUCAUGUAUUAUAAGCCGAGGAUUUAAGAACUUUAGAUAUGGAAGAUGGAUCAUAGACUGAGCCAUAUGUGAUAUUAGCAAUUGAGAAUUAGAAGAUAGAAACGAGACCAGUUAGUGAGAAUCCACAAAAUCCAGUGUGGGAUGAAAGGUUUACCUUUGAGAUUUAAAAUGGCUAGGAGGACUUGUAACUCUUAGUUGUGAAUAAGGAUGCCUUUGGCACUAAUGAGACAAUCGGCAGAGCAGAUAUAAACUUGUAGUUCUUAAAGGAUUAGCUGAAGCAUGAUGAGUGGUUUGAUUUAGAAUAUCAAGGAUAGGAUAAUGCAGCAAGAAAUAGCUAGAGUGGGGCAGGAAGUGUGCAUGUCAUAUUACAAUGGAUCUACUGCAGGGAGAAGUAUUUUGAAUAGGCUCUUUAGAGAGUGAAAGAAACUUUAGAAGAGGAAUAGAUUCAAAAGACAAACAUUUAAGAGCAUUUGAAGCAUUAUAGAUCACCGUUUAAAGCAAUACUCGAGGGGGAUGAUAUGGAAAUGGACUCUGAUGUUGAACACGAUAAACUUGAGCUUGAAGCAAGAGAUGGUAACACUAAUGCUAGAAUAUAAGCAGAAGAAAAGAAGCUAUCUAAAAAGGUAGAUGUCUUUGCUCAUGGAAUAGCAAAGAGAAUGGGUUAUGAAGCUGUCCCUUGGUUCUUAUUAACAGAAAUACUUACAAUUUGCUUGGUAGGUAUCUAUAUGAUGCUAGACACAGAUAAAAUAAAGAAGGGUACUUUCAGAAAUCUAGUUAUUGCACUCAUCUGCUCAUUUGCUUACGAUUUGUUUUGGCUUGCUAUUUAAGCUAAUUCCUACGGGAGAGAUGAUUCAGUUGAAGAUGGAGGUAUCGAAAAAUCAAUUAGGAAGUUUUCAUUAUCAGUUUCAGUCCUUUCAAUUUUCUUCAGAGUAAUUGUAAUUGUAGUUUUCUGGAAGGACUCUAUCGAUUUUCAAAGAAUAAUAAAGAGAAGAGAUCAAAACAAAGUCAAUGUUUGA